UAAAGCCAUUGGUUACCGUGUUCAAAGAGAACCCCACAAACCCAAAAAUCGGAUAUUUAAAUUAAAAAAAAAAAAGGUUAAGAAACCAAAUCAAAACAAAUUACUAUACUUACAAUUUCUCUCUCAGCUCGAAGAACAAGCUCACAUGGAGAUCUGUUCUGUGUGUAUAGUGUCUCGCAUUUCACCAUUUCUGUAAUUCCCCGAAGAAAAAAUUAAAUCCAAUUAAUACGUGCAUGAAUAUAUCUGCAUCUGUAUUUCCCGAUUUCUGUAUCUAUAUGUGUAAGUAUAGCGGCUGAAAUUUUGGGGAAAAAAAAUGGGGGGAAGCAAAUGGUUGAAAGCGAAGAUGGCUCUAGGUUUGAGGCUGAACUCGUGUCUCUACGUGCCGAGAACAGUCGAGGAUUCUCCGCCUCCUGCCGCCGCCGCCGCCGCCUCGUUGUCUCCGACGCCGCCGCGAGAUUCGGAUCGUCGGGUGAAAAUGCCGACAACGCCAACGCCGUCUUCCUCCGGACUCCUUCCGCCUAAACACUCCUUCAAAUCUAGCAAGAAGAUUUGUGCAAUAUGCUUGGAGACUAUGAAACCCGGCCAAGGCCACGCAAUUUUCACCGCAGAAUGUUCUCACUCAUUCCAUUUCCACUGCAUUGCAUCCAAUGUAGAACACGGAAAGCAAACUUGCCCCGUUUGUAGAGCAAACUGGAAAGAAAUCCCCGUCCAAAAUCCCGUCGCUAAUAAAUCCUACACAAGGCCCUUGCCCCAAAAUGAUAUCAUGAGAAGAAUCCCUUCUCCACAAAUACACGUCAAUCGACAAGUCGCUCCCCUUUUUCACUCUCCACAAGAACCUAUUCUCUUCAACGAUGAUGAUGAAGUUGUUAAUAACCAAUCCACCACCGCCCCAAAUAGCAACAAAAUCCACGACGACCAUUUCACUGGAGCAGUCAAAGUUCAAACGUUUCCGGAAGUUUCUGCAGUUCCGAAAUCGGAACCCCACAACAACUUCUCGAUUCUCGUUCAUUUAAAAGCUCCAACAACCACUGCACUACAACAGCAUUCUCCUCAAACUUCUCGUGCUCCAGUUGAUUUAGUGACGGUUCUUGAUGUGAGUGGCAGCAUGGCCGGUACAAAGCUAGCUCUGCUCAAACGAGCAAUGGGGUUCGUAAUCCAAAACUUAGGUCCUUCCGACAGGCUGUCGGUGAUUGCCUUCUCCUCCACCGCACGUCGCUUAUUUCCUCUUCGUAAAAUGACCGAUUCCGGAAGAAACGAAGCUAUCCAGGCCGUUAAUUCUCUGAGCUCAAACGGGGGUACAAAUAUAGCCGAGGGACUCAAAAAGGGGGCUAAGGUAUUGAUAGAAUGCAAGUGGAAGAAUCCGAUUAGGAGCAUUAUACUCUUAUCCGAUGGACAAGAUACAUACGCCAAUAGAAGCUCCUCCGAUCAUCAGUCGUUGCUUCCGGAAAGUGUUUCUGGUCUUCAUAUACCUGUCCAUGCAUUUGGGUUCGGUGUGGAUCACGAUGCGGUUUUGAUGCAUUCGAUUUCGGAAAAUUCCGGCGGGACUUUUUCUUUCAUAGAAGCCGAGAAUGUGAUUCAAGACGCUUUUGCUCAGUGUAUCGGCGGAAUCUUGAGUGUUGUUGUGCAGGAACUGAAAGUGGAAAUCGAGUGCAUUGAUAGUUUGUUGAAACUCGUUUCAGUAAAAUCGGGAAGCUACAAAACUGUUGUGGAAUCCGAUAAAAGAAAGGGCAGUAUUGAAGUUGGGGAUCUUUACGCUGAGGAAGAACGAGAUUUUUUAGUGACGACCGAUAUCCCGAUUUGCGAAUUUACCGAAGAAAUGUUGUUGCUAAAAGUGAGGUGCGUCUACAAGCAUCCGAUGAAUUCAGCGACGAAUAAUUGCGAAAGCGUCGUCGGAAUUCAAAGGCCGUUGGUGACGGGGCCCGUGGUGGUGUCGAUGGAAGUGGACAGGCAGAGGAAUAGGCUACGAUCCGCUGAGGCGAUGGAGCAGGCUAAGACAGCUGCGGAGCGGGGAGACUUGACUUUCGCGGUUUCCGUAUUGGAAAACUGUCGCAGAAAUUUGUCGGAGACUGUGUCUGCUCGAGCGGGUGACAGAUUAUGUGCUGCUUUGGAUGCGGAAUUAAGGGAAAUGCAGGAGCGAAUGGCGAGCCGACAAGUGUACGAGACUUCGGGGAGGGCUUACGUACUGUCUGGGCUAAGCUCGCAUUGUUGGCAGAGGGCAACUGCCAGAGGGGACUCGACCGAUAGUACGAGCCUUGUCCAUGCUUAUCAGACACAGUCAAUGGUUGAUAUGGUGCAUUUGUCUCAGACUAUGCCUUUGGGCAUCCCGCCUUCAGCCAGUGGGCCCGCAGUUAGGCCCGUAAGGGCACGGUCCUUCAAUGCAAGGCCACAGCCGAGGUGAUUUUUAUUUUUUAAUUGUUACUUUGAUGCUCGAUUUGAAGUUGUAAUUCAUUCUUAGAUUCUUGAUUUUUGGUCAAAUUUUGGGGUGGGGUUGGAAUAAAGGUUAGGGGAAAAAGGAGAAGGGGGUUGUGAGUGAGUUUAAAAAUGAAGGGGGGUUUUGGUAUUUGGUAUAUGCAGUUCAAAUGUACAUGAAUGGGAGUUAGGGCAAUUGGUGAAAAUUGUUUUGGGAAUCAUCAAGAUUCUUUUUUUUUUUUUUAAUUGUACAUGAAGAGAGAAUGAUCAAGAUUUUGUGCUAUUUUUUAUAUUUCUUGGAGCAA